GACGUCUGUCAUCCGACGUAUUGUUGAGUAAUCGAAAACUGAUGGAACAUUCACGUGCUGGAAAGUAGAAACGUCUAUCCUCUUCCAUUAGACUUGUAGAAAAUAUUAGUAAAUGAAUAAUCAAUUAUCAUGGAUGGAAAAGUAAAAGCAGAAAGAAGGAAGAAUCCUCGAGUAGGAGCAAAUCCUCUUAGUAUAUUAACGUUUGCGUUUACCUUGCCUAUAUUUUGGAGAGGCUGCCGCAAGGAUCUAGAAAUAACUGAUUUAUACAGACCUCUGAAAGAACAUACAAGCGGUCAUGUGGGUAAAAAAAUAUCAAAAUUAUGGGAAAAAGAAUAUAAAGCAUACGAGAAGCAAAAAUCACUUAACGAAGAAAAAGCCAGCAGUGAUAAAAAGUAUGAUGUUAAAAAGAAACUGAAGGAGCCCAGUUUAGUAAAAAUUCUUCUAAAAUGUUUCGGUUGUCAGUUUGCGAUAUAUGGAUUAAUUUUAGCAGUUUUAGAAAUCUUUUUCAGAGUGAUGCAGCCAAUAUUCCUUAGCCGACUUUUAAGCUACUACAGCAGUGACGUAGUAACAAAAGAUGAGGCAUACUGGUAUGCAGGCGGUGUGGUCUUAUGUUCAGGCGCAUUAAUAUUUGUUAUACACCCAUACAUGAUGGGUGUACUUCACACGGGAAUGAAAAUGCGAGUGGCCUGCUGUACAUUAAUCUACAGAAAGGCUCUGAAACUUUCAAGAACAGCUUUAGGAGAAACGACAAUUGGACAAGCAGUUAAUCUUCUCUCCAACGAUGUUAACAGAUUUGAUGUAGCAAUUAUACAUCUACAUUAUUUGUGGAUUGGACCACUAGAAACAUUAAUUAUUACAUAUUUCAUGUAUACCGAAGUCGAAGUACCUGCUCUUCUUGGAGUUACGAUUCUCUUAUUGUUUAUCCCUCUUCAAGGAUAUUUGGGUAAAAAGUCCUCCAUAUUCAGGCUGAAAACUGCUCUCAGAACGGAUGAAAGGGUCCGAUUAACUAACGAAAUUAUUACCGGUAUUCAGGCAAUCAAAAUGUACACCUGGGAGAGACCCUUUAGCGCUUUAGUCGAAAAAGCAAGAAGGAGAGAAAUCAGCGUCAUACGAGCCAUGUCUUUGAUCAGAGGUGUCAUUAUGUCCUUCAUCAUGUUCACCACAAGAAUGGCCCUCUUCGUUACUAUUAUAGCAUACAUUUUAUAUGGAAAAAAGAUAACUGCCGAGAAAGUGUUCAUGUUACAAGCGUACUACAACAUUCUGCGUCAAACUAUGACUGUUUAUUUUCCGCAAGGAAUAACGCAAAUGGCUGAACUGAUGGUUUCCAUAAAACGUUUGCAAAAAUUCAUGUUGUACGAGGAAAUGGAGAUUUCACAAAAUACAGGACAAGAUUACAAAACAGGAUCAAAGGACGAAGAGAAGAGCAAAAAUGACAUCACUGUAGACAAAGAAGUAAACGAUACUUCAAGAACUAACAAUUGCGAAAAUGAUAACGUUAUGUCAAUAAAAAAUGCUACUGCCAAAUGGAUCUCAUACGAGCAAGAGGACACCUUGAAGAACAUUACCAUCGAAGCGAAACCGGGCGAGUUGAUCGCCGUUGUCGGUCAAGUCGGUUCCGGAAAAAGCAGCUUACUUAAUUUAAUACUUAAAGAGUUACCCGUACAGUCGGGUAGUAUACAGGUAAACGGAAAACUAGCGUACGCCAGUCAAGAGCCGUGGUUAUUCGCCGGUUCCGUCAGACAGAACAUACUCUUCGGAAGACAAAUGGAUCAAUAUCGAUACGAUCGAGUGGUCAGAGCGUGUCAAUUGAAGAGAGACUUUAGUUUGUUACCGUACGGUGAUAAGACGAUCGUUGGUGAAAGAGGAAUCAGCUUAUCGGGCGGACAACGCGCUAGGAUUAACUUGGCUAGAGCAGUGUACGCAGAGGCCGAUAUGUACUUACUAGAUGAUCCACUGAGCGCUGUGGAUGCUCACGUUGGAAAGCACAUGUUCGAAGAAUGUGUGGAAAAGUACUUAAGAGGAAAGACUAGGAUCAUUGUUACUCAUCAGCUGCAGUACUUAAGAAACGUCGAUAGGAUAAUUGUGUUGAAGGACGGCGAAAUACAGGCAGAAGGUACUUACGACGAGCUCGCCUCAAUGGGAAUAGACUUUGGAAGACUCCUGGAGAAUCAACCAAACGACGAAGAGCAAAAGUCAGGGUCCGCUCCACCUAGCAGAAGCACUUCGCGAAAUGCUAGUAUCUCAUCUUUAAGUUCCCUGAAGAGCAGCAUCGCCGAGAAGGAUGACCCAAUAGAGGUAGCCGAGACUCGCUCGAAAGGUAAAGUUUCCGGCAAAGUGUACUCAGGAUACUUCCUAGCAGCAGGAAACGGGUGCGUGAUCGUUAUAGUUGGUUUGCUCUGCGUUAUGGCACAAGGAUUAGCCAGCGGCAGCGACUUCUUUAUCUCCCAGUGGGUCAACAUGGAAGAAAAAUACGUAAACGAAACGGAGGACGGGCUGGUAGAAGAUUGGAAGGGACCCAUUAGCCGCGAGAUUUGCAUGUACCUGUACAGCGCUCUAAUCCUGCUGACCGUCAUCAUCACCUUAACACGUUCAUUCUCCUUCUUCUCGGCGUGCAUGAAAGCGUCUACCAGACUGCACGACCGCAUGUUCCAAUGCAUCAGUCGCGCCACUAUGCGUUUCUUCAACACCAACACGUCGGGGCGUGUAUUAAAUAGAUUCUCGAAGGACAUGGGUGCGGUAGACGAGGUGCUGCCAAUGGCGUUAAUCGAUUGCGUACAAAUUGGCUUAUCGUUGUGCGGUAUUAUAAUCGUGGUCGGUAUAGCCAAUCCAUGGCUUAUGAUACCUACCGUGAUCAUAGGAGUAAUUUUCUUCUAUAUUCGGGUUUUCUAUCUGGCCACCAGUCGCAGCGUGAAGCGUCUCGAAGGAGUCACUCGUUCGCCGGUGUUCGCGCAUCUCAGCGCAACACUGCAAGGAUUACCGACGAUAAGAGCGUUCGGGGCGCAAGAAAUCCUCACGAAGGAGUUCGAUCAACAUCAAGACUUACACUCGUCGACGUGGUACGUAUUCAUAGCGUCUUCAAGAGCGUUUGCGUUCUGGCUGGACUUCUUCUGCGUCAUCUACAUCGGCUUGGUCACUAUGAGUUUCUUAGUAAUGUUCGACGCUACUUCUACGGAGGGCGGUAGUGUUGGACUCGCCAUCACGCAAAGUAUAGGCUUGACGGGUAUGUUUCAAUGGGGUAUGCGACAAAGUACCGAGCUAGAAAAUCAGAUGACCUCCGUGGAGCGUGUGCUGGAGUACAGCAACGUGGAGAGCGAGCCUCCGCUAGAGAGCGCACCUGACAAGAAACCCAGGGAGACCUGGCCAGAGGAGGGUAAAAUAGAAUUCAAAAACGUGGCGCUGCGCUACGACCCUGCGGAAGCUCCCGUACUGAAGGAUCUGAACUUCAUAGUCUACCCUCAAGAGAAGAUAGGAAUCGUCGGCAGAACCGGCGCCGGAAAGUCCUCCUUAAUCUCAGCGAUCUUCCGCUUCGCGUUCCUCGAGGGUGCCAUCGAGAUCGACGGCGUGAACAUCAUAGAGAUCGGUCUGCACGAUCUGCGGUCCAAGAUCAGCAUAAUUCCUCAAGAACCAUUCCUCUUCUCGGGUUCUUUAAGAAAGAAUCUAGACCCCUUCGACAACUACAACGACGACGUGCUCUGGCAAGCCUUGAGCGAGGUGGAGCUUAAGGAGAUGGGUCUGGACGCUCACAUCAACGAAGGUGGCUCUAACUUGAGCGUCGGACAGCGUCAGCUGGUUUGCUUGGCACGAGCCAUCGUCAAGAACAAUCCGAUACUUAUCCUCGACGAAGCUACGGCGAACGUCGAUCCGCGAACGGACGAGCUCAUCCAGAAGACGAUCCGCCAGAAGUUUGCCAAGUGCACGGUGCUGACCAUCGCUCAUCGUCUCAACACCGUCAUGGACAGCGAUCGCAUACUGGUGAUGGACGCCGGUAGUGCUGUGGAGUUCGACGCCCCACACAUUUUGAUACAGAAGAGUUCAGGAUACUUGAAGAGCAUGAUAAACGAGACUGGACCCGCCACGGCGGAAGUCCUGAGAGAAGUAGCCCGCCAGACUUACGAGAACCGUACAUCCACUGCCCUCUAAUGACUUUCAAACGCAUUUCUUGGACUCUGCAUUAUAGGUUAAAUUUUGUAGGUCUGUCGAUAAUCUUUUUGUACGAUAAUCGAACUUUAGCUAAGCGAAAGUCCUUCCGCUUUCGUGGAUACAGUAUUAUCGAUUUUUGUGAAUGAAAUCACUUUAUAUCUCGACGACGUUUCGUCGAUAAAACUCCUUAAAGAGGCGUCAUUUUGUUUUUUGCGCCGUGCCACAAGUAGGGAUAACUUUACCUCGCUGUUAAGUGAUUUUGGAGAUGUUUAUACGCGUCUUUCUUGUUCUCGUGUUGGUGCUAUGCGAGUAUGAGGCGGAUGCCUUUACAAGUAGAUAUCGGUAACAAUUUUAUUAAACAUCGAAGAUUGUACUUGAUCUUGUGUACAUAAUCGUUGAAAGAAUUAGAAAUCUUGUUUGUAUCGCGUCGUUUGCUCGGUCUUACGUUAGAUACAUUGUAUCUGUUACGUAAAGCAAAGCUAACGAUAGCGUUGUCAGUGCAAACGGUAGUUUGCAAACAGUGCAAGCUUCAAAAUUCAUAAAUCAUUCAUAUUUGUCGUACAAGCAUAACUGUUUGUAGAAAAAAAAAACAAUUGCCUUAUGUACAAGUGCCUAUGUAAUUUAAUUAUUGUAAAUGAAAAAUAUAAAUGCAGAGAAUUUAUCUUGCUAACGCCUCGUCUUUCUUUCAAGGUCAAAAGAAAACGCUUUCUGGAAAUAUAAAUAUUCUCGUUUAUUAACGAACAAUGUCUCGACGCGAGGAGAAACAGAUCUGAUUUUUUUUUGUCUUUUUUAUUUGGUAUAUCGAGCCUUGUGAAACGCACAGACACGUUUAAAAUGCUAACCGAUUUCGCGACUAUACAAAGUAUAAAAAAAAGAGAAACUUGCGUGCAUCUAUCGUUAAAGUAUACCUCCUAUGUCUAUACUCUGCUUACUCGGCUCGCAACAAUUGCCCGGGGCCAGUUGCCCAAACACAUUCUCGCGAGACAAGUACACUAGUGUAUCGUAAUACUGACAGUAAAGAGAGAUUACUAUACGUUAAAAAUUAAGCUCAACGAUCCGUCUGUAACACCUAAAAUACAAUUAUAUAACGGCUAGGUUACAACGUGGUUACAGAUAAUUACACGCUAGGAUUAGAGUUAGAAUUACAGGAUGUUAUACUCGCCGGAUACAAUUCUCUAAGUCUAUGCAAUAGUAACACCUUUAAAUAACGGUAUAAAAACUGAUACAUGUAUGUAUACACAUAGAUACGAUCCUUUUUCCCUUUACACGUAUAUACAAAACAUUAUAAAACAUUUACGUUCAUUCUUUAUGCACGCAUUCGUAAAAUUAGGAAAGGAAACUGUGCAAAUCUAAAAAAAAUUUAUAAAAAGAUAUAAAUAAUACUAGCUAAAUAAAUAAGGUGAGAGCACCGUAUAUACAGAGAGACACUCGCUCGCAACGAUCGAUGACGUCACACUGGCAACGAGAUAUCGCUGCGCUCGAAACGUGCUCGCGAGAAGGAAGACUGCGCAUUGGCCGUUUCCAUUUUUCGAAUUUCGCGAAUGCUCGAUUUUACAACUGAAAUAAUUAGCUGCCUCGAGAACGCAUUUCUGGCUGUCAGCUGCGAGAAAUCGCGUGUGAGAUUCGACAGGAAACGGAUUGGCGUCGCGCACCUUUAUUAUGCUACAAUAAAGUCUUUUACAAGCGUUUCGUCGCGCAAUGGCGGUUCGUCAGUAACCAGAUCAAAGACACGCAUCUAAAAGCGGUUCUCGAACAUUCUUAAACGUCACGAGACGCACGGGAACGCAAGCUAUUUUACCGUAUUUUUAUAUCGCGUCCGAUCAUUUCGCGUAAAACAUUCGAUCGAAAUUACCUGUCGAGGUUAUGAUGCUUCGUUCGAAUUCUCUUCCGUUUCGAUGCGAGAUUCUUUCAAACUCGGCCACCGAGACACAAAUAAACACCAAUUAUCGUAUAAAAUUACGUUUCGCGGUUAAAAUGCAUACGAGUAAACGCGAAACGCCGGUUCGAACGAACUUCGAACGAUAACGCGCGUCGGCGGCCAUGACACUUGCGGUUCUCGAACCGCGCUCGACUAUCGAACUACUCACAGAGCGCGGGAAUAUUUAAACCUUAUCACGCUGACUGCCACCCUAAUUUUCAAUUACAUCUUGUAUAAAUGUUUCCAAAUACUUUCACAAUAUAUUAUUACAUUUAUUUUCUACAGAUCUAUAUAAUUAAUUUAUUUUCACAGAUUUAUUAACGCGAGAAUUUUUCAUUGGGAAAGUGCAUUUUUAACAAAUACACAAGUUCUAUCAAUAACUUAAGUAUCAAUUUAAGUGUCACUCAUAUGCGAGUGAUGUGGCAGUCAUCGCAUGCGUUUAUAAAACGCCGUAACUGUUUCAAGCAGCGGUCAAUUUGCGCGCGAAA